AUGGACGCUGGGGAGAUGCUAUCGACGAUUACUGGCUGUUCGUCGCGUUGCACUGCUGGCUAUUACACUCUGAGGCGAUGCGGGGCACCCUGCGUCUGCGUCUGCGUCUGCUGCUGCUUCUGGCUGCUUUCAGGGUCAGUUGCUGCACUCUUUCAAGUUCAUUCUUCUCCAGCCAUCAUUCCGCCCUUAUAGGCCUCUCGGUCAAAACAUGCAGCGGAAGAGCCAAGCAUUCCCUAGAGUAGAGAAGGUGCACGGAUUGCACACGAGGGAGGAGGGGAGACGGUGUGCCUAGCGGUGGUCAACGUACUCUUUGUGCCUCUUGGUCUGCUCGGUGAAAGA